UUGUAUUAUGAAGACAAACACUUCUUUUCUUUUGUUUGCUACAGUGUUAGUUGUUGUUCUAAUUGGCACCUUGACUUUUGAGGUUUGUGAUGGAGCUCCGCAUGGGAAAGCAUUGAAGCUGAAGUUUUAUGACAAAACUUGUCCCAAAGCUCAACAAAUCAUAAAGACUGUUGUCGAAGACAAUGCUGGAUUUGACCCUUUCUUAGGUGCAUUACUACUUAGAAUGCAUUACCAUGACUGCUUUGUACGGGGAUGUGAUGGAUCAAUAUUGCUUGAUCCAACAAGUAAAACUCAGCAAGUGGAGUUACAAGCUGAACCUAAUUUAUCUUUACUUGGAUUCGAUGUUAUCGACGAUAUCAAAACUCAAGUUGAGGCGGCCUGUCCGCAGACUGUUUCUUGUGCAGAUAUCGUUGCAUUAGUUGCCCGUGAUGCUAUCUCAGCCCCGUUCGGAAGACAGAUGUGGAAGGUACCAUUAGGGAGAAGAGAUGGAAGGGUUUCGCGUGCAUCUGAAGCGAUAGCCAAUUUACCUUCUGCUUCAUCAAACUUCAGUGCCCUUCUACAGCUCUUUGUUCAUAAAGGUCUCAAUAUUAUUGAUCUCGUUGCUUUGUCAGGUGCACAUACGGUUGGAAUUGCACAUUGCGACGUAAUAUCAAGAAGGCUCUUCAACUUUACAGGGAAAGGUGAUACAGAUCCAUCUAUCGACCCGACUUAUGCAAAAUCCGUGAAAGCACAUUGUUCUGCCAACAGCAAAAAUAUAGUAGAGAUGGAUCCUAGAAGCUCGUUUUCUUUCGACACCCAUUACUAUAAGAAUCUUAUUCAAAAGAGGGGUUUAUUUGAGUCUGAUGCAUCACUUGUUGGAAACCCUUUUUCAGCUAAGCUAGUGAACCAGUUUCAAAAUGCUGAUGCAUUUUUCGCACAGUUUGCUAAAUCAAUGAAGAAGAUGGGAGCUAUGGAUGUACUCGCUGGAAACCAAGGAGAGAUUAGGAAGACUUGUCACCUACGUAAUUAAAUGAUGAGUUCUCUAAUUAAGUCUGUACGUCGAGCUUUAAAGUUCAUGUGCACGCGA